AUGUUAAAUUUUUUAAUCGCCUUUGUUCCGCUUUACAAUAUAUUUACAAUAUCCGAAAUAUACAUAAAAAAAGCACCAGGCACUCAAAGCAAUGAUGGGUUUAUUUAUAUUAUUUCAAUAGUAUUAAUUAUAUAUUCCCUUGUGUCUACAUUGUUAAACAGUUUAUCAAUUUAUUAUUCUAAAAAAUUAAUAAAACCAAUUCUAGUGUAUAAAGAAAAUAAUACAAAAAUUGGAAAUAAUUAUUCUCAAGAUAAUGAGGCUAUAGAUAAACAAGAGAAAAAAAAAAUGAAAAAAAAAAAAUUUAAAGGGAUUCCCAAAUUAGGGAAUGAACAUGAAGGGCAUGAAAUAGUUUAA